GUUUUUUCACCGUGACUAACCAAUUUUCGUCACUGCUAGAGCUAACCACGACCUCCUUCCUACCGUCCUCCGGUUGCCGGCGAAUUGAACUCAGUGAACAAGAAAGUCAGGCUGUAGACCACCAUUUAUAGCCGAUCAAAGGGAACUUUUGUUGCUUAUGAAACGAGAAGCUUAGGAAUGGAACCUGGGAGCCGAAGAGCUUACUUCUUGCCUCAGGCACUGAAAAGAGACCUGAAUGAAGAUAAUUGGCUGAAAAGGGGGAAACUUUGCCGGUUGAACACCGCCACUCUGUCGACUCGAAUUUUCUAAGUUCGCAAUGGGGCGUUCUUGAUUUAAGGGUAAUAUCUCUUUCUUUUAGAUACAGUCAUGUUUCUCAAAUUCCGUGAUAUUUUCAGAAAAAUACAAUCUUCAGAACCGAGAAUACGAAACCCAUGCUCUGCGUUGUUUAGAUAUUGUCAUUUUGAGAAAAAUGUUGGUUUUGAUAGCUUAAACCCUACACAUUUUGUGGCUCAAAAAACUGCACAAAAUAAUGUUGCAAUUUUCUGGGAUUUGGAUAACAAACCUCCAAAGACAUUCCCUCCGUAUGAAGCUGCUAUUAAGCUAAGAGCGGCAGCAUCUUCAUUUGGGGUUGUUAGACACAUGGUAGCAUAUGCUAAUAGUCAUGCAUUUAGUUAUGUGCCACAAGUAGUUAGGGAGCAAAGAAAGGAGAGAAAGUUGUUGAAUAGAUUAGAGAAUAAGGGCGUGAUUAAGCCACCUGAACCAUAUUUCUGUCGUGUUUGUGGAAGGAGAUUUUACACGAAUGAGAAGCUUAUUAAUCAUUUCAAGCAAAUUCAUGAGCGUGAACAUAAGAAGAGGUUGAACCAGAUAGAUUCUGCUAGAGGGAAGAGGAGGGUGAAUCUGGUAGCUAAAUACUCAAUGAAAAUGGAGAAAUAUAAGAAUGCAGCAAGGGAUAUUUUGACACCAAAAGUGGGGUAUGGUUUAGCGGAUGAGUUGAAAAGGGCAGGUUUUUGGGUUAAGACUGUUUCCAAUAAGCCACAAGCUGCAGAUGUUGUGUUGAGGGAUCACAUGGUAGAUGUUAUGGACAAGAGGAGAGCUGAGUGUUUGGUGCUUGUGUCAGAUGAUUCAGAUUUUGUGGAUGUUUUGAAUGAGGCAAAGUUAAGGUGUGUGAAGACAGUUGUUGUGGGGGAUAUCAACGAUGGAGCUUUGAAAAGAGUUGCAGAUGCUGGAUUCUGUUGGAGGGAAAUAUUGAUGGGGAAGGCUAAGAAGGAGGCUGUAUCAGUUGUGGGGAAGUGGAAGGACAGAGAUGUGUUAAAGAUUUUGGAAUGGACAUAUAACCCAGAUGUAGAGAAAGAAUAUGAUUUGAAUGGUGAGUGUGAUGAUGAAAUGGAGGAUGAUUUUGUGGAUGACAUUGUUGGUGGAGAUGAUGCUGAAUCUAUACAGAAGGGAACUUGGUGGGAGCUGGACUCAGAUUCGGAUGCCUCUUCUUCCCAAUCAUUAUGAUGAGUGGAUACAGCUUUUAAGUUUGUAAGUUGGCAUCCUCCAUUUAUCUUCUUUUGGCUUGCAUAUCUGGCUUGUAGAGCUUGGUAAAUUGUCCUGUAAAUUUUUACUUCUUGUUCCCUUUUACCUUCUGUGUGUCUAUUCUCUAUUAAAUCAUAAAUGAAGUCUUCAAUUUUCU